AUGCAAACUUGCACACAAUACAUAUAUAUAGCAGUCGGCGUCGGUUGUGCCUCGCUGGCCGGCUCCGGCUUGUGGCGGUCCUCGCCUUCCUCCCGCUUUUCUUGCUUGGCAAUCUCCACCGACACUCGAAUCAAGGAGGCUGUGAAAAUGGAUAAGGCUCUUGCGGCAUUGGGACCCUAUUCGCAGGCAAUCAAAGCUAACAAUGUCCUCUAUGUGUCUGGUUGUCUUGGUCUGAUUCCCGAGACCGGAAACUUUGUCUCUGAUGAUGUUGAAGGUCAGACGGAGCAGGAAUGUUGAUAUGGGAUUGUUCUCAAGAAUAUGGGAGAAAUAUUGAAAGCGAGUGGUGCCGAUUAUUCAUCUGUAGUUAAAACAACUAUUUUAUUGAAAGACUUCAAGACAGUCAAUCAGAUCUAUGCUAAAUGUGAGUUGUUGUAA